CCUGGCGCAACCCCGCUCGAGAAAAGCCGCUUCCAGAGGAAAGAGUUAAGCGCCCCGUCGCCUCCUCGCCCUGGCGAGGGGCGGUCGCACUCCUUGCCCUUCCCCUUUGGGGCGUUCCCGGCUGGGAGGGGAGAAGUCCGGGAAAAGGGCCGCAAAAGCGAAGCGAAGCGCCCCCCGCCCCAUCCCGCUCGCCUCUCCGCCUGGGGAGCUGGCAAUGCGCCCUGGGCGCACCUGGCCUCCUUGACAAUGCGCCCUGGGCGCAUGGCGCGUAGGGCUCCCCUGGCCGUUGUGCCGCGCCUGCCGGGGGAAGGAGUUUCGAGAGCGGGCAGGCGGCCAAGAAGAGGAGGAGCUGUAGGCGGAACUCCCCCGGGGAGGGGAGGCCGGUAAGAGGCAUCUGUGAAAGUCCCUAGUAUUCAGCUGAGCCGACGGGGAAGUCCCGGCUUCCUCUACCGCGGAGGGUGGGCGAAGCAGCGGGUGUCACCGCCGCUCCUCGGGAUUCACUCGUGGGCGCCCGCGGGGCACUGAGGGCACUGCCAUCGCCACCCGGACCGUCGUGUUUGGACGGCGGGGGAGCACUUCCAGCGAGGAAAAAUAAAAACAAGAGAAGAGACUGACUUGGCAAGGCACGGAGACCGGGCGCGGCUUGGCUGGUGACUCCUUUCUCCGGAAUCCAUAAAGCGGACGAGGAGGGUGCGGGUGGGGUUGUGACCUUCCUGCACCCCCCCCCCGGCCGCUCUUUCCCUGCUGCUCUCGGAAAGGACUGCCUGCCGGCUUCCUGAGAAUGACACCUCACCCACUGCCCACACCCUGUGAGCAAAGCGCUCAGGUGUGAUCACAUGGCACGUCGGUGGAGGUAACCGAACCAUCCAUUCUUUCGAGCCUAUGGAAAGGGAUUUGCAGCGUCCGUCGGAGGGCGCUUAGAAAGCGGCAGCCGUCACAAACUAAGAACCUUCCCCAAGCUGACUUGGGUGAGCGGGUUCCCUGCGGGCUUUUGGUUUGCGAACAUGAGCAGGUGAUGGUGACUUUCCGACUGCCCACUCAGCAGCACCCGGGAAAGCUGACCAGGUGGACGCCUCCCCCUCCACCAACCCUUGACCCAGCUCUGGAGCCGAAAGCGAAACCUGUCCGGGAGUCCCUGCCCGGCGACGGCAAGGAGGAUUUGGCAAACAUGGCCGGGGAGCUACCUGUGGACUUGAGCACCUGGCGGAAAGGGGGCAGCCAAGGCAGAUGCGUCGCCACCGACAGAGAGGUUUCUUUGGAUGCCUCCGGGAGGCAGUUGCCCACUUCCCGGGAGCCUGAGGAAGCCCCGAGUGCCGUCUGCCAGCCCGGCCCCAUCCUUCCAGGAAUACGGAGCACGGCUUCCCCCCAGGCGGGGCUGGAGGGGGAGAAGACGGCCAAGACGUGCUUGCCCUUGCGGAAACGCCCGUAUGUUGUGCCGGGGGCAGAUGGGGACGCCCAGGGGCCGCUGGCUGGCAAAGUCCCCAAGACUGAGAGCAGCGAGCUGUGGGGCUCCCCCUUCAAUGGUUACCACUCUCCGUAUAUCUCUGUCAGCUACCCAAGAUUCCCAGCUGCGUAUUACUCAGGUUUGGCCGGUCCCUUCCUCAGCCCCGAGAUGUCGCCACUUUUGCACCCCGUGACCCCCAGCCCAGUGCUGAGGAUCCCCACUCCUUACUCUUUCCUCUGCCCCAUGGAGGCCCAGUUGGCCCUAGACGUUGCCACAGCGACCAAGCAAGAUGAGGACGGAGACACGCCUCUCCACAUCGCUGUGGUUCAGGGGAAUCUUCUGGCCGCUCGACGGCUGAUCGCUCUUUUCCACCAGGGGAGGCAAAGCCUGGACACCUUCAACAACCUGCGGCAGACCCCCUUACACUUGGCCGUCAUCACAGCCCAGCCAACUCUGGUGAAGCUGCUGCUGUCUCACGGAGCGUCGCCCAUGGUGCUGGACCGCAAUGGGCAGACCGCCCUCCACCUUGCCUGCGAACACGACAGCGUCCAUUGCCUGCAGGAGUUGCUGGAUGGGAGCCCAGCUCCUCUGGAUCUGGAGGCACGAAACUUUGAGGGUUUUACACCUCUCCAUGUGGCUGUUGGAACCCAGAAUCGUGACAUUAUUCUGACUCUGCUAGAACACGGGGCAGAUGUUGAUGCUGUGGAUAUUAAGAGCGGGCGGUCUCCGCUACUGCAUGCCGUGGAGAACGAUAAUCUGGAGAUGGUUGAGCUGCUGCUACAGCACGGAGCGAAUGUCAAUGCACAGUCGUACGGGGGCAACACAGCGCUCCAUGCGGCCUGCGGGCGGGGGCUUCUGGAAACCCUGCGUCUCCUGGUGCGCAACGGGGCGGAUGGCAGCCUGAAGAACUACCACAAUGACACCCCCUUGAUGGUGGCCAAGAAUAAAAGGGUGAUCGACAUCCUGAGAGGAAAAACUUCCCGCCCUGGGCCCCCGCCUGAAAACAUCCGUGAGGGAUCGUCCCCAGCAACCAGCAAUGCCAGCUCCCCUGGUAUCCGUCCCUUCCAAACUGGCUUGCUGAGGGCUUCACCCAAUUCCUGCCCCACCACGCCUAGCCCUGCCCACACCCCGAAGCCCCACAGAGCCAUGCAGUCCCCCAACUCGGCCAAUCAGAAGCAUGAGAGCACCGCAUCGACCAAUGGGCCUUUGACACAUGGCACCUUGCCUGGGGUGAAACUGGAAAGGAGCCCAACUCCGCCCACACCAGAGCAGCCAAUGGGAUUUCCAGGGAUGCCCAAGUUCUUCCUGCCAAUGACUGAGAGCCUGGUGGAUCCCGCCUUCCACGCCACCCUCUACCCUUUUGCGUCGUCCAGCCACAACUAUUCACCGCACCACCUCUGCCUGCUUCCCGCUGGCAUGCAGCAUUCUGUCAUAUCCCUAUCCGAGGCGCCCCAGGCCAAUCGGAUUCACCCACGGGGCACGGAGGUGGACCAAUCACAGACGCUGCUGGACUCUGAGACCCCGCCAGCUGCCAACCUCAAAGGGCAGUGGCCAAAGAGCAGAGACAGUGGUCCUGGCGGCAGCUGACAGGAGGAGAUUGAGGGACUCCCUCCUGGUUCCUGUACGCAGGGGGCUUCCCACUCGAUGCUGUGCGUCACCAGGCAACAAAGGGCCAACUAGACUUUUGCUGCUAUGGGUUCCUGGCGCGAAAAUGGCACUUGUUUGCGGCUUCGGGACCCAGAGGGCCGCAGCUCUGACUGAUGAGACUCCUGAUCUCAGGGUUGUGAGUUUGAGUCCCAUGUUGGGCAAGAGAAUCCUGUGUUGCAAGGGGGGGUGGACCGGAUGACCCUCGUGGUCCCUUCCAACUCUACAAUUCUAUGACAAAGCUGAGAUGAUCCUAUGGGCUGUGCUGAGCCAGUGGUUUUCUGGUCAGCUUGACCCCUAACUACAUUCCCAGCAGCCUUCCAUUCUCAGGUCUUGCCACUUCUUUGGCUACUACCUAAGCAGGGCUGGUUUUGCUGGUUUGGAGGCAGGUAGAACUGCACACCCCAUUAAAAGGUAGCGCUGUAGUCCAAAUUCGACCUGUACUUUCAAUGCAAAACAGAUCUUCCCUGGUAAGAGCUAGGAGGCACAAGUUUAAGAUAUCUCUCGCAGUCUACUCUCCCCACACGCUGCCCUUAUUCUGCUCAUUAACACUGCCAGCAAGGCCAAAGGCAGCCAAAUAUUUAAAGGUAGCACUCCUGUAAGCAUCCUGCCAGAGGCGGAGUUAGAGCGCUGCGACUGGUUCCCCCGCACUGGUCUGGAAGCCUAGGGGACGCCGCAACCAUGACAAAAUGAAUUGAGCAGAACAGAAGGUGAGAGGCAGGCGGUUGGUAUUUUGGCCUCUUACAGGGCACCGCUGGAAUUUGAAAGGCCAAAAUCCACCCCUGAUCCUGCCCCCUCCACCAUAGGUGGAGAAGAAGAAGCAGUAGCGGUUUCCAGUGAGAGUGUGAGAGAUUUUGCCGAUUUCGCUGGAACCCGGAACCAGCGCCCAUCCAGCAGCAGCAAGGCAGCACAGCGGCUCGGGAGGUGGGGCUACCUUCCCAUUUCGCCUCAGGCGGUAAAACGGGAUGCGCCGCCCCAAUUGCCAGGUUUCCUGGCCGUUUACAAAACAACGAAUUUCAGGAAGUGCAAUGUUAACGUGUUGGUGGUGGAGAGGGAAGAAGGUGACGCAAGGAACUUGGGAGGGGGCGGACAAGGGGAUUUUCUGAAAGUUUGAGCCGGAGAAAGAGGAAUGCCGGGUGCAUUUUAAGGGACUGCAAUACCAGAAAUUCCCAGGCGGGCUAUUGUCUUUAGAGGAAGUUGUGGAGGUGGAGAGGAUUAGUCAGGGCAGUGAGAGGGAGGGAAGGAUGAGGUGUGGUUUGCUGGCUUAGUGGUCCUCCUGGCUAUCAGAUCUCGCCUACGAAGACCAUCCUCCUUCCUGCCCAGCUUACAAAAGAGAUUGCCAACUGGGAAGAAAGAGGGAGUCACACGCAACUUGGUCUUGAAAACCUCACUUGAAAAGUCACGGGUUCAAUCCCUGAUAUUUUUGGGCAGGGCUGGGAAAGACUGAAACGGCUGCCAAUCUGUGGAGGCGAUACUGAGCUAAAUGGACCAAUGGCCUGGCUUGGUAUAAGGCAGCUUCCCCUUCGCUCUUGUUGGUAUUAACCCUUUCAUUCCCUGGUUCCACCACCUACACCCCUUAAAAAUCCCCCACAAAAACAACCAGUAGCGAGAUCUCAGAUCCUUCUCUUCCCAACCCACUCUCCCCCCUUGCAAUCGUCUUGCCAGAUGUUCCUUCUCUGCUUCUGUGGGACCAAUACUUGAAGAGUACUAGUAGCACCCUCUGCUCAUCCCGUGGCAAGAAAACAGGAUGGGGAAGGGUCUUUUCCUAAUUUGUCAAUAAAGUAUUUUUUCUACUUUCAAAA